GCGUGUUCCGGUCCCCGAACCUCGCUACCCGAGUCCCUUUGCCUGGGGCUGGGCCGUGGCGCUGCGGGCGCAGACGUGAGACUUGGAGGAGCCACUCUUGUGGUCAGGAGUCAGCGAGGUACUGCUGAGUCCCUUGGAAUCCCUGGGGAUCCAUCAAGAGUGGGCCUAGGAACAGCUCAUCAUCCUCCACCCCCACCUGCUGCUCUAGGAAGAAACCCGGUAGCUGAGUGGUAUUUCCUGACUUGGACUUUCUCUCCAUAACUGAUUCAGCCUCCUGUGUUUUGCAGAGUGGGGGCCAGCCCCCGCAUCUCUCCAGGAACCUUCCAGGAUGUCUGCCUUGCCGGAGGAACUGAAUAUGGCGGGAAAGUUAGGCAACAUGUCCGUGGAUGAGUGCUUCCAGUCUCGUAGCACCGUGCUCCAGGGGCAGCCCUUUGGGGGGAUCCCCACCGUGCUGUUCCUCAAUGCCAUCUUGUGGGUGCUCAUUGUUUUGGCUUAUUCCUUCCUCCGGAAAGCCGCGUGGGACUAUGGGCGCCUGGCUUUGCUGAUACACAAUGACAGCCUGACCUCGCUGAUCUAUGGGGAGCAGAGCGAGAAGUCGUCUCCCUCAGAGAUUUCCUUGGAGAUGGAGCGCAGGGACAAGGGCUUCUGUUCCUGGCUUUUCAACAGUUUGACCAUGAAGGACCAGGAUCUGAUUAACAAGUGUGGGGAUGACGCACGCAUCUACAUCAUGUUCCAGUACCACCUCAUCCUCUUCGUGCUCAUCCUCUGCAUCCCCUCCCUGGGCGUCAUUUUGCCCAUCAACUACGCUGGAACUGUUCUGGAUUGGAACAGUCACUUUGCUCGGACCACCAUUGUCAAUGUCUCCACAGAGAGCACGCUUCUGUGGCUGCAUAGCCUCUUCGCUUUCUUAUACUUCCUCGCCAACUUCAUCCUCAUGGCGCACCACUGCUUGGGGUUCGUGCCCAGGAAGAACCUAGAGGUCACAAGAACCCUAAUGAUCACCUAUGUGCCCACGGAUAUUCAAGACCCAGAGAUUAUCAGCAAGCAUUUCCAUGAGGCCUAUCCAGGGUGCGUCGUCACCAGAGUCCACUUCUGCUAUGACGUCAGGACCCUCAUCGACUUGGAUGAUCAGAGGCGCCAUGCCAUGCGGGGUCGGCUCUACUACACUGCCAAGGCCAAGAAGAAUGGGAAGAUAAUGAUCAAGAUCCACCCCUGCUCCCGUCUCUGCUUCUGCAAAUGCUGGAGCUGCUUCAAUGAGGUAGACGCGGAGCAGUAUUACAGUGAGUUGGAGGAGCAACUGACAGAUGAGUUCAAUGCCGAGCUCAACCGUGUUCGCCUGAAGCGUCUGGACCUGAUUUUUGUCACUUUCCAGGACUCCAGCAUGGCAAAGCGCGUCCAGGCUGAUUACAAGUACAUCCAUUGCGGUCUGCGGCCCCAGCAGUCCUCAGUGACCACCAUCGUCAAAUCCUACUCCUGGAGGGUCACUCAUGCCCCACACCCCAAAGACAUUAUUUGGAAACACCUGUCCAUCCACCGUUUCCAUUGGUGGGCCCGCUUUAUUGCAAUCAACACCUUCCUCUUCUUCCUCUUCUUCUUUCUCACCACGCCUGCCAUCAUCAUCAACACCAUCGACAUGUACAACGUCACCCGUCCCAUCGAGAAGCUGCAGAGCCCAGUUGUGACCCAGUUCUUCCCCUCCCUGAUGCUCUGGGCCUUCACAGUGAUAAUGCCUCUGAUAGUCUACUUCUCUGCCUUCCUUGAGGCCCACUGGACCAGAUCGAGUCAGAAUGUCAUCAUAGUGCACAAAUGCUACAUCUUUCUGGUGUUCAUGGUGGUCAUUCUGCCCUCCAUGGGACUGACAAGUUUGGAUGUCUUUUUCCGCUGGCUCUUUGACAUCUACUAUCUAGAGCAGGCAUCCAUCCGGUUCCAGUGUGUGUUCCUGCCAGACAACGGUGCCUUCUUCAUCAACUAUGUGAUCACGGCAGCCUUGAUUGGCACAGGCAUGGACCUGUUGCGCCUGGGCUCACUCUUCCUGUACAGCACCCGCCUCUUCUUUUCCAGAUCGGAGCCAGAGAGAGUCCACAUCAGAAAGGACCAGGCUGUAGACUUCCAGUAUGGGCGGGAAUAUGCAUGGAUGUUGAACGUCUUCAGCGUGGUGAUGGCAUACAGCAUCACUUGUCCAAUCAUUGUUCCUUUCGGGCUGCUCUACUUGUGCAUGAAGCACCUGACAGACCGCUAUAACAUGUAUUACUCCUAUGCACCCACCAAACUGAAUGAGCAGAUCCACAUGGCCGCAGUCUACCAGGCCAUCUUUGCACCACUCCUGAGUCUUUUCUGGAUGCUCUUCUUCUCCAUCCUACGACUAGGUUCCGUCCACAGCAUCACCUUCUUUUCCUUGUCCACACUUAUGGUUUCUAUCGUAAUUGCCUUUUUUGGCACUUUUCUGGGACGGCUUCGGGCAGGCCAUGAAUAUGAGCCAGAGGCGGAGGAAACAGAGACCGUGUUUGACAUGGAGCCAAGCAGCACGUCCUCCACCCCCACCUCCCUUCUGUACAUGGCCACUGUACUGCAAGAGCCAGAGCUGAACCUGACUCCAGCCUCCUCCCCAGCCAGGCACACCUAUGGCACCAUGAACAGCCAGCCGGAAGAGGGACAAGAAGAGAGUGGUUUGAGGGGCUUUGCGAGGGAGCUGGACACGGCCCGGUUUCAGGAAGGGCUGGAACUGGAGGGCCAGAGCCAGUACCACUGAUCAGGACUCCAGGACUCCAGUCAGCGGCCCUGGGAGCGCUUGGCAUGGGGAGGAGGCAAGGGGGUGGCCUGGGCCUCUCCCCUCCCACCUGCAGACUUUGGGAACUCCUGAUUGAAACAUCUGCUGUCGCUAUGGCCAUGUGGUGACCCCACACCUACCGACCAAUGAGAAUGGGAGGUGCUGGGCAGUGCCUAGUGACCCCAGGAUAGGGUGGAGGAGACAAUCACCAUGUUCUGGGAGAGGUAGCUCAAGCCCAGAACACAGGCACUGAAUGCUAGGGGACUUGGGUGGGUCAUGAUGAUGUGCAUAAGGAAGAGGUGGGAAGGGGCCCAUCAAAGGCUCUGUGGGGGUGGAGUGGGGAGCGUGGGGUGUCCAGGCUCCAGCUGCCCAUCAAGAAGUUUCUGCUGCUCUGGGCCCUAGGCCUCUACUGACAGUCUGAGCAAGUAAAGAUACGUGAGCUGAGCCUCAUGGACAAGAUACAGGUGACUGUCAGCAAGGGUUUCCCCACCGGGGCUCUGCACCAGAAGUCUCUGCACCAGACCCUGAGCAAGGGGUAGCUGAGUCCACAGGCCUGGGAAGAGGUGACCGAGGCCCUUCCUGUUCCUCUGCCCCUUGUCAGAUGUCCCCAGGAGCAGCAGGAACAAGGUCCUCUUUACCCUCACAUGGGUAGUGGUCACUUGGGCUCAUUAAAGAGACCUGCAUGCUUUGUGGUAAAGGAAACCAUGGCUAAUUCUUGCUGGUUGCUGUAAGGUGGGAGGAAGAGACAGAAUUCAUGGAGGAGUGGGGGCGGGGGCUCUCUUCACCAAACUGUCCAUAGUGGGAAGCCAGACACACCUCCCUUAUCCUUAGAUAUAAAUGAGAUUUUCCCCAAAGCCCAGGAGGUGAUCACGGAGAAUGUCUCCUGCCUCCCACCCAUCUGAGUGCCAGAGCCCCACUGCCCAAGAUGGCGGCAGCUCAGGGUCACAUACCCAGGUUUCCAAUGGAAGGCAUGGGCCAUCCCCUCUCCCCUUCCCCCGCAAGCAGGACCCCCUCACUCCUCUCAGGGUUGCCCUAUCCCCUGCACUGGGACCCACCUCUGUGACCUCUCAUGUGGCCCUAGCUCAGACACUGCAAAAGAUGCCUCCCACAGCGCUGUCACGAGUGUGUCCCCGUGGGUGGGUGAGGCUGCUGUCCCAGGGCUGCCUCUGCCUAGAGGCUGUAGAAGCUGGGUCCUGAACAACACUGGUAACUCUUAGUGCUUCUGCCACAGCUGGGAGUAAUACCAACUCCUGCCUUCUACUGCGCAGAGCCCUGGAACAGUUCCAGCUGGAGUCUCAGAACCACAUGAGCCAAGUUGCCUAGAGUCUGUGAGCUCCUAAGCCUCUUGAGUUCCCCUCUCCAGCGGGGUAGGUUCCUCUGUGCUGCCUGCCUGCUACAGGUGGGCCCAGGCUCAUCUGACACACUUGAGUAUCUGCAGCACAUCCCAGGAGGCAUGUGGCUGCCCUAAAUGAAGGUCACCUAGGCCCCUGCCUCUGCUCCUACCUUCAUUCUAGAGGAGAAAUAGGUGUGCCAUGCCCCAGGGCUUAGCCCCGUGGUCCCACAGGACCCCUCCCCCUGGAAUUUCAUCUUUUUGUGGCCCAGUGGUCAGGGAGCUCCACCUGCCUGGCCAGAUCCGCUAGCGUGGAUUGUAAAGUAGAGGUGUGGGUUUGCUGCCAGAGGCUGGCAGGGCCUCACCUUUCUGGGCACUCGUGCGGCCCUGUGGAUUGUGGCUGCUGGCCCCUCACCCCCACCCUCCACAGACCACAUGACAGGAUGGCUGGAGACUUCUACCUUGAAUUUGAAUCAAGUGCAGCCUCGCUUUGGGUGUGAAUGUUGGGAAAAUGGCAGACUAUUUCUUUGCUCAUUCCACAGACCUGGGGUCGCCGACACGGUCCUGCCCAUCUGUCUGGGCCUCAGCCUCCAAGAGUCACUGGUGAGGGGGACAGUGAUCCUCAUGCACACACCACAUCUGGGCCCUCUCUGGGCAUGCCCCUCCCACCUGUGUUCAGCCCAUUGACCUCUGCCUACCACCAUCCCACGUUACCCCAUGCCACAGCCAUCCAUCCCCCUCCUGGGGGACCCAGAAUGGUCUGGAGACCUAGAGGGCUCCCCACAGCAGUUUUUGAGCAAACCCACCCCUGCCCUCCAUCCCCCAGCUGCCUCUGGAAGCAAAGUGCCUAUCAGCAGCAUUGCGUCCUCUGGGAGUCCUGGAGGGGUUGUAGACUAAUGGCUCACCACUACUAAAGGAAUGUGCCAGAAUGCUGAAUCUUCUUGUUAUCAAUGCUAUGACUGUGCCUUGAAUAAACAAGUCCUCCCAACCUC